CGUCACUUUCCCUUCACGGCGCAUAAACAACCAUGGCCAUUCCUUCGACCUACGAUGAAGUCCGGCUUCAUCUCCAAGAAGUCCAACGUGACCCCUCCACCCGGCUGGAUCUGUCUUCCCUCGACAAGCUGAAGGUGGAGCUGACCGAGACCACGGACCGCCGCGUCCCCGCCACCCUCUUGAUUCAGAUCUCGCAGCUUCUCGCCGUCCUGCAGGAGGACCCAACUCCCGUCACCACCCUUGCCAUAAAAGCUACAACCUACCUCAGCUUCACCGAUCUUCGCUCCGUCGAACCCCCGAUCGAUUUCAUCGCGGGCUUCAAAGCUCCCUCGGAACCGAUCAACCUCUUGGUUCUCUCGUUGCUAAGCAAGGCGGGACAAGUCCCCAGCGAUGCCGCUAUAGUUGCCGGAGACCCGGAGCUGGUUGCUUCCCUGGUUGAACUCUGGCUUUCGACGCCCUCCACCGCUGUCGCACAGGCGGCGUUCGAUACCAUCUGGGCGCUCUUGGAGAUCGACUUGUCCAGCCCGCUCGAAAACGGAGGACAUGAAGGUGAGGAAGCUACUGGAGGACAAGGGCUCGUCUGGCGCAGGAUAUUCACGGACAAAGAUGUCUAUGGGCUUCUCUUUGCUUUCUGUAAUCUCACCGAGGACGGGCCCGGGGGGCUUUCGAAGCGUGAUAAGACAGUGGCCCAGGGACGGCUGAUGGGCUUGCUGGUGAAAGCAGGUCAACUACGCUGGGAUAUAAUCGCAAGUUCGCAAGUUCCGGAGGUGGAGAAAAAGUACAAAAGCAACAGUCUUCUUCAUUUUGCCGCUUGCCAAAUGGUGGACAAGAGUGAUGUGCUGAUGCAUAUGACCCUUGUGAACUUCUUCCAUGAUUUGCUGGAAAUCGACGCUCCCGGUCUCAUGGCACGGACUAUCGUGCAGUCAGCGUCCACCUUCUCGUCCCCUGCCCUGGACUUCCUCAUCUCGCAUGAUCUGCACUCCACGGUGUUGGAAAGCUACUUGGACGAAUCGAAGCUGGACGCUGUGGAUCUCGCCUACCUGUCCGGCCCGAUCAUGACGUACGUCGCGCAGUAUGCUGAGCUAUAUCCCAACCACUUCUUACAAAGCCCGCAGCACAUUCUGGACCGGGUACUGUCACGCAUUGCAUCCUCGGUGGCGAUUUCAUCCUCCCAGUGGGGUCAUGGGCCAGUGCCCAGCGGGCAGUUGAAUGUUCUCUCUUGUCUACCCCGAGUGCUUCUUGUCGAAGCUAGCAAGAAGGGAUUGAAUCCUGUCUUGGCCUUGCCUACCAGUCCCCCCAACAAAGCGGCUUUGGACGUGCUGUCCAGGAUCCUCCACGGCCCGGUCAAACAAGAUCUAGCUGACUCGAUGGAGCUGAAUGCUUCUGGGCAGACGCCAACCGACUGGCACAAGGAAGCCGCCGCCGCCCGGGCUCUUUACUUCAUGUACACAAACGAACACACGGACUUCUGGACGGACGUGGUUGCAGCCGCCGAUAUCCUUGCCAUGAAGGAUGUUUCGUUGUCGUCGAUCUCUCUCAUGAAAGCCAUCGUCACCGCGAAUUGGCAGAUGCUGACGGGUGAAGUAACCUCUGCCGUCCCAGGCACCUCUCGAUACCAACUUCCGACCGAGCAAGGCCUGGAGAGUUUGUCUCCGGCUGCCCAAGGGGUUCUUCCAUCGUCCGGUGCCUGGGCCGCUCUGACGCCACCGGCCUUGCCCACCCUCCUACCGUAUUUGUUCAAGCCUCCUCGCUCAUAUGCGGAGUUCGUUGGCGGCGGUGCCGGAGAUUCUGAACACGCCGUCUGGAAAGUAGCAACGGCGAAGCACGAGGUACUGGCGGCGCUGUACGAGUGCCUGCAGGAAGGGGGUGGCCAGAUGGAGGGGUUCGAGGACAUCAUGCGCACGCUCCGGCAGAGGGUGAACGAGGGACCACUGGGUCCUGUUUCCCAGACUGCCAACCAGGUUGCCACCGUCAGCUUGUAAGGAUUGUUCCGUGACUGAACGAAUUAUGAUUAUGCGACGAAGAUACCUCUCUAUGUACAGCAAUUCCUCUGCAAUGAAUCAAG